UGCGCAAUUUAACUGCGCGCCGCUGCCGCUUGGUCCUUCACAACUCCCUUGGAUUUACUCUGAGCAGGACCAAGUCCCCUUGACAUUUGGCCACGAUGGACGUGAAGUUAAUCGCAGUCGUGACUGUUCUCUCAUUGCUGGCAUAUGUGCCACUUUCGCAAGCCAAGCCUAUCAGUCUAGUGGAGAGAUGCUACUGUCGUUCAACGGUCAACAGCCUCCCUAGGGGAUACAUACGAGAACUCCGCUUCAUCCAUACGCCCAACUGCCCCUUCCAAGUCAUUGCCAAGCUGAAGACAAACAAGGAGGUGUGUGUGAACCCCGAAAUCCGAUGGCUGCAGCAGUACCUGAAGAACGCCAUUAACAAGAUGAAAAAGUCCAAGCAAGUUAACUAAAAUUGCCACUAAGAUCCUUCUGAGCCAUCAUUGAGAAGAAUCACCCCAUACAUAUAUUGUUUCUAUAAAUUCAGUAUUUACUGUAUAUGUUGUGUAGUCAUCACAAUGCUUGGUUAUAGAGCACUUAGCAGAGCUGCCAUGCUGCAGCUUCUUGCAUAGAAUCAUUGCAUCAUCACCACCAUCGCUUAGUUUCUAUAUAUGUUAUUUGUGCUAAGUGCAAUUAUAUCUGUGUUUGUUCUCUUAACUAUAAUGUACAUAUUUGUCUUUUGUUAAUGGACUUCAUCAGGAGAGGGCUGUUGUGCCCCAAAACAUAACCAGUUCACCAAAAUGUACCCCGUAUUUCAAGUUAAUUGGCCCCCUAGGAAUUUCUAUUGGUACCCCACAGAACGAGUAUAACAUACACGAUUCUAGUAAAAGUCCCAAUUAUGAUGUUUUUGUAAUGAAAUUAAGGACUCGAGCAUUUCCUCAGUAAUACUGUGGUUGCGAUAAUGUGACCCCUAACAUGUCUGCUUUUGUUUUUUUACUCACUGAGACUAAGAUCACAUCUGGAGUCCUCAUACAGGUUUAAUGGAUGAGAAAUGGUCUGGUAUCAUAAAGUCUACUUCAAAUAUUCAAAUAUAAAUACCCCCCCCCCCCCAAAAUGACAAACUUGAUUUGGCUGGAUUCUAAUAGAAACAUGGCAGCGAUUUCAACAAUUUGUGCAGCAAUUAGUUGUAACAUAAAUCACAUUAGUAGUUGUGAAAACAGUUGAAGAUAAAGGUUUAACUGUCAUGCAGAUAAAAAUGCACUUUAUAUCUGAGCUACUUUUCUUUUAACACACUCACCACUUUUUUGCUACUCUCUUUUUCUGUUUAUAUUCCACUAUCUGUGUUCAUAAAUUCACACACGUGUAACUGUUUUCAAAUCUGGGAGAUGCCGAUCUUAUCGACGCAUCAUAUGUAAGAUUAAUGUGAUAUAAAUGAUUUAUUUUUGUACUCUUUAAUGCCUUUAAAUGAAGAAACUGUACUUUCACAACUGAGCCGUCCGGUCAACAUUUAAUUGUCAAAAUCGUAUGCAGUUAUUCAGUGAAAAAAUAAAUUCAUAGAGAAACAAAGAAA